CCCUUCCACUCCACCAGUAUCUCCUUCUCGUGGCUAUGGACGAGGAUGAUGUUCCAGAACUUGUUGAUGUCAGCAAGCUUGGCGAUCCGGGCUCCCUCCAGCGAAGCCAGCCACCCGUCAAGAAGGUCCCCAUAACCAUCGUUACAGGGUACCUGGGCGCCGGCAAAACAACUCUGUUAAACUAUAUACUGACUGCCGAACAUGGAAAGAAGAUCGCCGUCAUUCUAAAUGAAUUUGGAAAUACUGCCGACAUCGAGAAAUCCCUCACAGUAUCUCAAGACUCACAAUCGACAACAGAAUGGAUUCCUCUCCAAAACGGCUGUAUAUGCUGUUCCGUCAAGGACUCGGGCGUUGCCGCCCUAGAGUCUCUCGUCGAACGUCAGAAGGAUUUUGACUAUAUUCUGUUAGAGACGACCGGCGUCGCCGACCCGGGGAAUAUAGCUCCAAUGUUCUGGCUCGAUGAGGGCCUAGGAAGCAGCAUCUAUCUUGAUGGCAUCGUCACUGUGGUCGACGCCAAGAAUAUCCUAAGGAGCCUCGAUGAACCCGCCCCAGAAGAGAUACCAGAAUCCGAGAACGAGCAUCAGCACGACCAGCCCCUCUUGACCACGGCUCACCUUCAAAUAUCGCAUGCCGAUGUCAUCAUCCUUAAUAAAACCGACCUCAUCACCCCAAGCCAACUAUCUGUUGUCCAGGAACGUCUCUCUUCGAUCAAUAGCCUGGCCAAGCUCAUUCUAACGUCCCAUUCGCGCGUCGAUUUGCUAUCCGGCACUGUCCUCGACUUGCUUGCCUACGAUAGCUUCCCAUCCACUACUCCAGGUCCCGACUUUUCGUCCAAAGGUCACUCUCAUCUCGACCCCACUAUCUCAACCCUCACUCUUCCCUUGCCCGUCUUUGACAUUCAGAAACUCCCAGUCUUGCAUGCCUGGCUUGAGACCAUCCUCUGGGAAUCAGACGACCGACAGGUAGGCCAGGAUCGAAAGUACGAGGUCCACAGAACAAAGGGUCUCAUUCCGCUCAACGACGGCACCGUGCGAGUGGUGCAGGGCGUUCGGGAAAUAUUUGAGAUCAUUGAACCUCCGCAUACGGAUUCCAGCAGCUCAGCCAAGUCUCACGGGGGAGAUCCGCCUGUCGACGGAAAAUUGGUCUUUAUCGGGAGAAACCUAGACUUGCUCAGUAGCCCUGAUUUUCCAAAAGCUUGACCACGAGGAUGCGGUUUCUAAUCUCAAAUCCCUCCAUCUAAGCUGGAAAGAGAUCAUCUGGUCAAUAACUCGAGCCGAAUAACAUUCUUAAUCCCCAGAGGAAAACUAUGAGAUAAGUUC